AUGGCGCUGAAUCUAUCCCACUUGUCAUCCGAUAGCAGUCCAGUGAUCGUCGCGGGGCAUAAAUUUCCGACACCUGUUACGAGCCGGUCAAAGGCGACCGAAGACAAGCUUUCAGGCUCAACCCCCUUGGCAUACGAACGCGACAGGCUCAUUAGACGAUGUAUGGGACGAGAGGUCCACGUCGUAAAUUUGAUGAGCUUGAUGCCUACAUGGCCGAAGGAAAUUCACUCACAAGAUAUUUUGGACGAAAUUAAUGGAGACCUUGACCAGUGGCUGAAGAGGCAAGCUGAAUUUGUCCCAUCCCCCUCCUCCAACCCAGGCUGGUUAACCUCGCCGCCUUCCUGGGGCCUUCGAAGCGUGAAUAUUGCCGAAGAAAAGAAAAUCAAACAUCGGAAGAAGGGUAAUUACACAAUCAUGGCAAGCGUGUUUGAUUCGAGAUGCAAGAAGGAGAAGUUAUUGACGUUGACAAAAUACGAGUACUAG